CCACUAUUUACCCUCCCCUCCCUCUUCCCUCCUCUUCGUCCUCCCAUUCUCCCCCGGCUCCCCGCCCCGGCCCCCUCCCAACGUCUGACGCUGCACGUCGUGGGCUUGGGGUCCCUCCAGCACCCUACCUCCGGCCCUCCCGCGUGACGCCAGGGAGAGAAGGAGGCGGAGCGGAGGAAGGGGGAGGGAUGGGGACGCCGCUGUACUGCAUUCUGGGAAAGACCAGCUCCGACAGCCGCGUGGCCUCCUGGGGGUUGUAGUCGCGAUCGUGAGUCCACUGGUAAUAAAAGAAGCCAUUUUAACAUUAAGUCUACACCAUGGACAGCACAAAGGAGAAGAAUGACAAUUACAAAGAUGAUCUCCUUCUUAGGAUGGGACUUAACGAUAAUAAAGCUGGGAUGGAAGGAUUAGAUAAAGAGAAAAUAAACAAAAUUAUAAUGGAAGCCACAAAGGGAUCCAGAUUUUAUGGAAAUGAGCUCAAGAAAGAAAAGCAAGUAAACCAACGAAUUGAAAAUAUGAUGCAACAAAAAGCUCAGAUUACCAGUCAGCAGCUAAGGAAAGCACAAUUACAGUAUGUUAACUUUUUAAAAAUUAAGGUUGACAGAUUUGCAAUGGAAUUGGAACAGAGCCGGGAUCUGAACAAUACCAUAGUGCACAUUGACAUGGAUGCUUUCUAUGCAGCGGUAGAAAUGAGGGACAAUCCAGAAUUGAAAGAUAAACCCAUUGCUGUAGGAUCAUCAAGUAUGUUGAGCACUUCAAAUUACCAUGCAAGGAGAUUUGGAGUUCGUGCAGCCAUGCCAGGAUUUAUUGCUAAAAGGCUCUGCCCACAACUUAUUAUAGUGCCUCCAAACUUUGACAAAUACCGAGCUGUGAGUAAAGAGGUGAAGGAAAUACUUGCUGAUUAUGAUCCCAAUUUUAUGGCCAUGAGUCUUGAUGAAGCCUACUUGAAUAUAACAAAGCACUUACAGGAAAGACAAAAUUGGCCUGAGGACAAAAGAAAGUAUUUCAUCAAAACAGGGCACUCUCUAGAAAAUGAUAAACCACGAAAGGAAGUUAAUAAACUGAGUGAGCAUGAACGAUCCAUCUCUCCGUUACUUUUUGAAGAUAGUCCUCCUGAUUUGCAGCCCCCAGGAAAUACUUCCCAAGUGAACGUUGAAGAACAAAAUAAUCCUCAAAUACUUCAAAACUCAGUUGUUUUUGGAACAUCAGCCGAGGAAGUGGUAAAGGAAAUUCGCUUCAGAAUUGAGCAAAAAACAACACUGACAGCCAGUGCAGGCAUUGCCCCAAACACAAUGUUAGCAAAAGUAUGCAGUGAUAAGAAUAAACCAAAUGGACAAUACCAAAUUCUCCCCAAAAGACAAGCUGUGAUGGACUUCAUCAAGGACUUACCCAUUAGAAAGGUUUCUGGAAUAGGAAAAGUUACAGAGAAAAUGUUAAAGGCCCUAGGAAUUAUUACUUGCACUGAACUCUACCAACAGAGGGCAUUACUUUCUCUUCUUUUUUCUGAAACAUCUUGGCAUUAUUUCCUUCAUAUUUCCAUGGGUCUAGGUUCAACACACCUGACAAGGGAUGGAGAGAGGAAAAGCAUGAGUGUCGAGAGGACAUUCAGUGAGAUAAGUAAAGCAGAAGAACAGUACAAGUUGUGCCAAGAACUUUGCAGUGAACUUGCUCAAGAUCUGCAGAAAGAAGGACUUAAGGGUAGAACUGUUACCAUUAAGCUGAAGAAUGUGAAUUUUGAAGUAAAAACUCGUGCAUCUACAGUUUCAUCUGUUGUGUCUACUGCAGAAGAAAUAUUUGCUAUUGCUAAAGAAUUGCUAAGAACAGAAAUUGAUGCUGAUUUUCCACAUCCCUUGAGAUUAAGACUUAUGGGUGUGCGGCUCUCUAGUUUUCCCAGUGAAGAAGAUAAGAAACACCAACAACGGAGUAUUGUUGGUUUCUUACAGGCUGGAAACCAAACCCUGUCAGCCACUGGGUGUAUAGAGAAAACUGACAAAGAUCAGUUUUUAAAACCUGUAGAAAUGUCUCAUAAGAAGAGUUUCUUUGAUAAAAAACGAUCGGAAAGGAAAUGGAGUCACCAAGACACAUUUAAAUGUGGAACUGUGAAUGGACAAGGUGUACAGACAUCACAGCCAUUCCAAGUUUUAAAGACGACGAGUGCGAAUUUAGAAACAUCAGAGAGUUCAAGUAACAAUCAGACAUUUACCUGCCCUGUUUGCUUCAGGGAGCAAGGAAGCAUCAGUCUGGAAACCUUUAAUAAACAUGUAGAUGCAUGUCUCGGUGGACCUUCGGUGAGUGAAAUGUUCUCAUGUUCACAUGUUUCCUCUACAGAAGUUAAAGAAAAUGUACAUCGUUCUUUUUCACUCGGUGAGAAGCAGGAUUCUGAAACCCAUCAGGAGAAUACAGAAAUCACUUCAGAAGAUUGUGUCGAGUUGGUAGAGACUGUAUGUAAUCCAUCUGAAACCGAAAGUGUAGAUGCUUUAAGUAAUAAGCUCAGCAAAGAGGAACAUUCUAGUCUUCCAAGCACAUCGUUUAAUAUUGAACGCUGUCAUCAGAAUUCUUCUUGUACUGUUUCAUUACAAAAUGAAGAUUCCGGGUCACUGAGGAGGCAAGAAACCCUCCAGCCUCGUUCAUAUGAAGUGAUAACAGACCAGGUUCUAAUUUGUCCUGUUUGUAACCUAGAGCAAAAGACUUCAGAUCUUACCCUGUUCAAUGUGCAUGUGGAUAUUUGCUUAAAUAAAGGCAUUAUCCAGGAACUGGAAAAGGAUAAAGUUAAUCCAGUAUAUCAGCCCAAAGAAAGCACCAAAAGUACUGGUAACUCAGGCAGAGUACAGAAGACCAUAACAAAACCCAAAAGGUCAGGAUCGAUGACAAAAUCCUCAACAGCAAAGAAAAUAAAACCAAACAAUCCCAGAAACACCCUGGAUAUCUUUUUUAAGUGAACAUUGAACAUUUAAAUUGAAACUUGUUUUUAUAAUCAUUGAGCUAUUCCUCAUUUUAAGUUUACAGAUUCAUUUAGUGAAUGGCCAAUGCAGCAAUCUCUCCCCAAUAUUUCCUGUACAUGAAUUUGGAAUAUAUACUAAUUUACUUCUGUAUACCUUUUUGAUAUCAUAAGAAUUGCACUUCCUGUUAGAGAUAUUUUUACAAUGAGAAAUUAAGGAAUGGGAUCAAAAAUUGAUUUCUGUGUUUAUUAAGUUUUAUAGUGAAUAUAAAAUCAUAUUUGUAAGGGCUCUCAGAGGUGCACAGAAACCCUUUUUAGCAUAAGAACUUUUCAGCACUUAACCAUUUGUUGGCACUGGUCUGCUAUAUGUAACCGUAGUGUCUUCUACAAUUUUGUAUAUUCGUAUUUUAGCUCCUCGUACCUUCAGAUACCUCAUGAGCAUUCAUAAUUAAUAUUUAUCAUGCAUACUAUGAAGAAUAUUAGCAGGACUAGAAUAAGUGGUUCUGUUCCUUUUAGGAUAAUAUCACAGUAUCAUUUUCUGUGUUAAAAAAUUUUGCUUAAAUAUGACUAUUCAUUUGAUUUUUUAAUUUAAAAUUCCUUCUUAUAAAUAAGCACUUGAUCCACUUUAAAAAUUUUUUGUCUAAGAUAUAAAGUAAUUAUUUUCUUAUCUAGAACUUUAAAUGACAAUUAUGUCUGUACUCUACACAAAUCUAUAAAGAAUAAAUUGUACAUUCACUUUAUUUUUAUAUAACCUUCUAGAGAAAAAUGUAUAAAAGAUGAAUGUGUAUUAUAAUAGCUCAUUUAUCUUAGUUAUAUUUAUGUCAUGUUUUUAUUAAUAUUUCUGAAAGAAGACAGCUUAACAGUAAGUAGUUAACUUAAGUAGUUUCUCCAGAUAAUUUAGUGCUCAGUAAGAGUUUUUAUCAUUAAGAAGUAUUUAAUUGAAACAUGAAGAUGAUGGUCAUUUUGUGGCUGUUUUAAAGAAACAAAUCUUUUGUUCUCUUAUAUCUCUUGUGUGUUUUUCAAUUGUAGAUAGCACCAUAUUUGUUUACUACCUUCCCUCAAUUUUAUAUUUAUUGUGUUUUCAACAUUAAAUACUAAAUUAUUUUCAUUUAGAUGAUUUAUUUGAAUGUUAUUUAGUCAUAUUUAAUAAUAAUUCAAAAUAAAAUUUAAAAUAUGUAGUCGAUCUUUUAGCCAAUAGAAAUGGUUUCCUUCCUUUCCACUCUUUUUCCAUCUUAGUGCUUUACUUUUAUUUUCUUUGCUAAAAAUUCUCUUCACAUCCUUUUCUGUUUAAUCUAAUUCCUCCAACUCAUUUUCUUUUCUAUUAUAAUUUUCCUUUGGGGCAUUUCUAGAAAAUACAGCAAAGCUACAAAGUAUAAGCAUUUAUAAUCUUAUCUACUUAAUAGGGUCAGGAUAUAAGGAAGGACUUGGGAGAACAUAUUUGUAGCACAAUAACUGAGAAAAAAACUAGUAUCCAGAGUAUAUAAUCCAGAAUAUAUAAAUGACUUCAAUGAAUCAGGAAAAGAAAAAAGACAGCCAAUAGAAAUUUGGAUAAAAGACUUUAAAUGGCACUUGACAUAAAAAGAAAUAUAAAUAGCCAAGAAACAUGCACAUAUUCUCAGUCAUUUUAGUAAUAGGGAAAUGAAAAGUAAAAACACAAAGAGGUGUCAUUACAACCCUACCAGAUGCACAAAAAUGAAAAAAGGGUUCAUUGUUCUGUUCAUGAUUUGGAGCAACAUGAACUCUUACUUUGAAAACAAUCACUUUGGAAAACAGUUUGCCUUUCUCAACAACCCAGCAACUGCACUCCUAAAUAUACACCUUUCCUGGUUAUUUUAUCUUUCUUUUUUUAAAAUAUAUUUUCAUUGAUUUUUAGAGAGAAAGGAAGGAGAGGGAGAUAGAAACAUCAAUGAUGAGGAAAUCAUUGAUCAGCU